AGCAUUGCAGACAUGUCAACAAUGCUCAUCUCUCGUCAUUUUCAUCAACAAAAAGCAAAUAAUUAAGGCAGAGCAAAGGAGGAGCCAUAUAUAAGUGAAGCAAAUAUAACUAAUAACAAGUUGCCUCUUGUUGCAGCAUUUAUUUACGGGUAACAUUGCGACGAAAUGUCAAAUGAAAUGGCAAGUGGGACACUAAGCUCUGAAUACCAAACAUUAAUGAAGUCAACAACAGAAGGAAAACGAAACAUGUUUAUCAAAGCUUAUCCACCUGUUACCCUAAAGUUUGAAGAUGUUAUAUAUGAAACCAAAACAAGUAAAAGGGAUGGCUUGUUUUGCAAGAAAGAGAAUAGCUGUAAUGAGGAUGGUAAACUAAUCUUGAAAGGGGUUAGCGGUUCUGUUUUCCCUGGUGAAUUAUUAGCCAUUUUAGGUCCUUCUGGUAGUGGAAAAACAACUCUGAUAAAUGCAUUGGGAGGUAGACUAAAAAAUGGAAUCACAAAAGGAAGCAUAACCUACAAUGGCAAGAAGCUCUUGAAAUCCAUGAAGCGAAACCUUGGAUUUGUUCAUCAACAUGAUCUCUUCUAUUCUCACCUAACAGUCCAUGAGACAUUAGUCUUUUCGGCUCUUCUUCGCCUGCCAAACAGCCUCUCCAAACAAGAGAAAAUCGCGCACGCUUGCGCGGUUAUGGAUGAACUUGACCUGAAUCAUUGUAAGGACACUAUAAUGGGAGGUCCACUCUUAAGAGGUGUGUCGGGUGGAGAACGGAAAAGGGUCAGCAUAGGUCAAGAGUUGUUGACUAAUCCUAGUCUUUUGCUUGUUGAUGAACCAACUUCAGGGCUUGAUUCGACAACUGCUCGGAGAAUCGUGCUAAUUCUGUGUGAUUUGGCUAAAUCUGGAAGGACUGUGGUAAUGACUAUUCAUCAACCUUCUAGCAAGCUAUUUUACAUGUUCCCCAAGAUUCUGCUGCUAUCAGAUGGUAGUACCUUGUACUUUGGGAAAGGAGAACUUGUCAUGAAUUACUUCUACAGCAUUGGUUAUGCUCCUUCUGUAGCCAUGAAUCCUACAGAUUUCCUACUUGAUCUUGCAAGCGGUAUAUAUGCUGGAAAUUUAGAAGAUGAAGUUGAAGCUACAAAACAAGUGUUAAAAUCAGCAUUUGAAAGUAACCUUGCAUCUCAAGUAAACAUGGAACUCAAAAGCUCCAAGGUACCAUUUCAUAACACUUCAGGGGAUGAAAUGCUUGGCCAGUACUGCACAACAUGGUGGCAACAAUUUACUAUAUUAAUAAACAGAGGUUUCAAAGAAAGGAAGUAUGACCAAUUUUCAAUCCUCAUAAUCUGUAAAGUUUUGGCAGCAUCAACCAUUUCAGGCCUUGUUUGGUGGCAGGCCGGAGCUAAUCAAACCAAAGACCUGGUGGGACUACUUUUCUACUACACACAAGUUAGUGCAUACUUGCCUAUGUUAGUGUCAAUCUUCACCUUCCCUUGUGAUCAUGAAAUGCUAAUGAAGGAAAAAUCUUGCUACAUGUAUAGACUCUCAACUUAUGUCAUGGCAAACAGUGUUGUUGAACUUCCAGCAGUGCUAGCAAUGCCAACCAUUUUUGUCACCAUUACUUACUGGAUGGUGGGGCUAAAACCAAAUCCCUUAAAUUUCUUCCAAACUCUAGCCAUUGUUCUUCUCUAUGCUUUGGUGUCACAGGGUAUUGGUCUUGCCAUUGGUGCAGUUGUGGUGAGUAAUCAAAAGUUGGCUUCCAGAGUUGGAUCGGUAGUCAUGACUUUAUAUAUUCUAAUCAAUGGCUUCUACGUUCAGCAUGUCCCAAGUUUUGUGUCAUGGAUUAAACACAUAUCUCAUAGCUAUUAUGGUUAUAAGCUAUUGUUGGGGUCACAGUUUAAGGAUAAUGUUACAUGCUCAGUUAGAGAACAUCAAGUGAUUCAGCAUGUUGGUCUUGAUCAUCAAAUUUUCUCUGUUUUUGCCUUGGUUGCAAUGGUUCUAGUGUACAGGAUUAUUGCCUAUUUUGCUCUCAUGAUUGUUGUCAAACAUAGCUAGCUAGACCCACAGCAUGUAGGUUAUGUGAACUAAUUAUAAAAUUGUUCUUAUUUAUUAAAUACUAAUAAAAUUUAAAAGGACAAUUUAGAUAACAAAA